AUGCAUUUGGUCCCACGAGAGAUUGACAGGCUGCUCAUCUCGCAGACAGGCUUCCUAGCGCAGAGAAGACUCGCGCGAGGCAUCAAGCUAAACGGGACCGAGGCAACGGCAUUGAUCACGAAUGUUAUUCAGGAGCUCAUCCGCGAUGGAAACCACAGCGUGGCCCAGCUCAUGGACCUUGGACAGCAAAUUUUGGGACGAAGACACGUCGAUCCAUCCGCCGUGGUCAUGGUCAAAGGCUUGCAAGUCGAGGGCACCUUUCGGACGGGAACACACCUCGUCACCAUCGAUCAGCCCCUCGCGACAGACGACGGCGACUUGGAAAUGGCCAUGUACGGAAGCUGCGUUGCGACUCCGAGCCAAGAUUUGUUCCCCGAGGUAAAAGCGGAGGGCUUUGCUCCUGAGAAGAUGCCUGGAUGCAUCAUUGCAGCUCAAGGCGAGAACAUUACGCUGAGCAAGGGCCGCAAGAGAACUCGCCUAGAAGUCACCAACAGGGGCGACAGACCGAUCCAAGUUGGCUCUCACUACCACUUUCUCGAAACGAACCCGUACCUAGACUUUGACCGGCUCAAGUCGUACGGGUUUCACCUGGACAUUGCCGCCGGGACUUCUGCGCGCUUCGAGCCCGGCGAGCUCAAGACGGUGACGCUGGUCGAGGUCGGCGGCCUCAAGACUCCGCACGGCGGCAGCUCCAUCGCGCCCGGCAAGGUCGACCCGUCCAUGGCCCGCACCAUCCUCGACCGGCUCCAGGCCGGGGGCUUCCACCACACGCCGGAGAAGAUCCGUAUGCCAGAGGAGGAGAAGGUUGCGCCGGCGACGAUGGAGCGGGCAGACUACGCGGGCAUGUACGGCCCGACGACCGGCGACCUCGUCCGGCUGUCCACGACGGAGCUGUGGAUCAAAGUCGAGCGGGACCUGACCGUGCCGGGAGACGAGUGCACGUUCGGCGGGGGCAAGACGCUGCGCGAUGGCAUCGGGCAGGCGAGCGGCCGGCCGGCGUCGGCGUGCCUGGCCCUGGUGGUCGUGGGCGCGCUGGUGGUGGACUGGAGCGGCAUCUUCAAGGCGGACGUGGGGGUGCGCGACGGGCGCAUCGUUGGGAUCGGCAAGGCGGGAAACCCGGACGUGAUGGACGGCGUGUGGCCGCCGGGGAUGGUGGUCGGGUCGAACACGGACGUGGUGGCUGCGGAGGGCCGGAUCUUGACGGCGGGCGGGGUGGACACGCACGGCCACUUUGUGUGUCCGCAGCAGGCGGAGGAGGCGCUGGCGUCGGGGAUUACGACGCAGUUCUCGGGCGGCACGGGACCGAGCACAGGGACGGUGGCGGCAAACUGCACGCCGGGGGUGAGCCACAUCAGGAUGAUGAUGCAGGCGUGUGACUCGCUGCCGCUGAAUUACGGCAUCAUCGGCAAGGGGAGCGACUCCGGACCGCAGGGCCUGCGCGACCAGGUGGAAGCCGGCGUCGUCGGCCUCAAAGUACACGAGGACUGGGGCUGCACGCCAGCCACCAUCGACACGUGCCUGACAGUCUGUGAUGAGCACGACAUCCAGUGCGAGCUGCACAGCGACUCCCUCAACGAGGCCGGCUUCGUCGAGCAGACCGCCGCGGCGCUCCGGCACCGCACCGUGCACGCCUACCACAUCGAGGGCGCCGGCGGCGGGCACGCGCCGGACCUGAUGCGGCUCGUCGGCCGCGCCCACGUGCUCCCGAGCAGCACCACGCCGACCAACCCGUACACGCCGGACACGGUCGACGAGCACCUCGACAUGGCCAUGUCGUGCCACCACCUCAACAAGGACGUGCCCGAGGACGUGGCCUUUGCCGAGUCGCGCGUUCGCCGCGAGACCAUCGCGGCGGAGGACGUGCUGCAUGAUACGGGGGCGAUCAGCAUGAUGGCGUCGGACGGGCAGGCGAUGGGGAGGUGCGGCGAGGUGGUGGCGAGGACGUGGGAUGUGGCGGACGCGAAUAAGAGGCGCUUCGGGGCGCUGCGGGAGGAUGAGGGCACGGGGGCGGAUAAUUACAGGGUGAAGAGGUAUGUGAGCAAGUACACGAUUAACCCGGCCAUCGCGCAGGGUGUUGGUCAUGUCGUGGGGAGCGUCGAGGUUGGCAAGCUGGCCGACUUGGUGCUCUGGGAGCCUGCUCGCUUCGGCACCAAGCCCUCUCUGGUGAUGAAGAGCGGUUUCGUCGCUUAUGCGCAGAUGGGUGACCCCAACGGAAGCGUAUCUACUGUGCAGCCCAUCAUCGGCAGGCCCAUGUUCUCGGUGAGGGACGACGACCCCAUAUCCUCUCUUCCGUUGGUGCCCUCUGCCAGCGCCAUGUUCGUUUCCAAGGCCAGCGUCGCCAACGGCGCCAUCAAGUCGUACAACCUGGCAAAGAGGAUCGAGACGGUCAAGGACACGCGCAAGGUCAGCAAGCACGACAUGAAGUUUAACGACUCAAUGCCGAGCCUGAAUAUUGAUCCUGAGACAUUUACCCGAGCAACUAUCAGUACCAGCAGUCUCACUCGAGCUGUAUUGUUCGCUAAUCCCAGCCCUACCACCUCCCGGAACCAGACCACCGCUCCGGACCUGGCCGCCGCCUCCGGGGGCACCGCCUUCUGGUACCCCAACAUGGACCACACGAGCGCCGUCCGCGGCUACGCGCCGGACCUGGACGGCGACUACACCUACCCCGUCUACCAAGCCGUCCAGCCCGGCGACGCUGACGGCAUCCAAGCCGCCAUCGACGCCGCCGGCACGGGCGACUCCGCCCACCGCACCUGGCUCGCCUCCCAGCCGCGCGUCAUCUACCCCCCCGCCCGGCACCUACACCCUGCGCGACAUCCUCUCCCUCAAGACCGACACCGUCCUCCUCGGCGACGCCACCAGCCUGCCCGUUCUCCGCGCCGCGCCCGGCUUAGGCCCCUCCCCCCCCUCCGUGCUCCUCCAGGGCUAGGGCGAGGCCGGCGAGACGUCCUUUGCGGUGGCGCUGAAGAACGGGGGGGGCGCAAGACGGCGACGCUGGUGGCGCCGACGUUUGACGGCGUCGGGGCGGUCCGUGGUGCAUGA